AUGAAAUAUUUGAGCGGUGUGGGGCUGGGUCUGAGUCUUGUUUUUGGAUGUCUUUUGCUGGCUCUGCUUUUUGAGAUUUACUACUUGCUAUGGUGGAAAAAUAGGAUUAUCAAGAGAAGUAAUGAAGAUGGCUAUCACAAUAGACGAGCAACAGGAUUUUUCUACAAAUUUUGUUGCAAAAAACCAUCUUCUUCAAGUACAACCGGUGCUCGAGAAAUAAGUUUAUCAGAGACAAUUUCUCACAUACCUCAGGCUCAAGAAAUUCAUGCAUUUGGAUCAGAAGAUAGCAUUCCAAGAUAUCUCUUCUCUAUAGAAGAAGAAACAAGGUCAGAUUUGGAAUCUGAAAAUGGAAGAUCCAGUUUUGACAUCAGUAGAAAGCAAUCAAGAAGUAAAAGUUUGAGCGAUUUACUUCACGACGUUGCUGAAACUCCCUUCUUGACUCCCGUUACUUCUCCGCCAUAUUUUACUCCUCCUUUAACCCCAUCAUCAUCAUCACCAUCAGAUAACCAUAAUCAAAAGGGUGGUUUUAAUCCAUUUCUUGAAUCGGAAAGUGAUGCAGUAUUUAAUAAAUUAAGGUCUUCUCCACCUCCAAAAUUGAAGUUCUUGAGGGAUGCAGAAGAUAAACUUUAUAUCAGAAAAAUCAUGGAAGAAGAGGGACUUGGUCAAAAUUAUAGUUUUGAAGAACAGUAUCGUCCUUCAAGCUCUUCUUCACAGAUACUUCCUAUGGAUUCUUCUCCUCCAAACUGCAACAGCAAGCCCAAUAGUUAG